AUGAGCCAAGAAAUCUUCAUGGAAUCCGACCUCUCGUAUCUUCUGCAGUCUAUUGAGCACCAACUCCUCGACGACUCUGAACUCUCCAACAGUUUCCCCUUAGUAAAUCCAUGGGAGUCGUCCACUGAGCCGAUACUUAAUAAUUUUUUCUAUAUGGAGAAUACUGUUGAGCACUCCUUUAAUAUGGAGUACACACCUCAGUUGGAAGUGAUCAAUGAGCACAAAGAGAAGGAGAAGGCCACGGUGCCAGUGACUCACCCUCCACAAGAGCGGAGUCGUUAUAGAGGCAUAAGGCGACGUCCUUGGGGAAAAUUUGCUGCUGAAAUCAGGUCCCCAGCUAAAAAAGGUAAAAGGGUUUGGCUUGGAACAUAUGAAACACCGGAGGAUGCUGCACUAGCUUAUGACCGAGCCGCGUUUAAGAUACAUGGCUCAGCUGCUAAGCUCAAUUUCCCUCAUCUGAUUGGGAAAAACAUACCAGAGCCCAUCAAGGUGACUCCAAGACAAAGAACCUCAACUUCUUCAUCCUGCUCAUCAUCUUCGUCGUCUUCAAAUAGCGGCUCGGCCCACAAGAAGUCUGCGAAAGCUAUAAACUGA